CUGGACUUCCUGUAAAACAUUGCAUCUUUUUUUUUUUUUUUUACAUUGAUGGCAUUAUCUUAAUCAGAGCAGAUAAGCAAAAGGUGACUAGCAGGCCAAAUGCCUUGAUAAGACACUCAUGCUCCUCAUGGCAGGCAAUAAAUCCUAGCACAUCAGUAAAAUUUUAGGAAAACAGUGCUCAGAAACUUUCCAGGACAUCUUCUCUAGAGUAAAGGACAAAUUAUUUUGUCUUGUACUUCAUUUCACAAAGAAGGAAGCACAAAACUUAUCCUUUCUGGGAAUACUCCCUUUGGGGAAUGUUUGAUUUGGGAGCAAAUAUUUCACACUGAAGAAUACUGCUCUGGCUACCAGGGCAGGAAAGAGUUCUGCACUAAUCCAGAGGCCUAUGGUAUUGGAAGUAUCCAUGGUGAGAAAAAACAUUGCAGUGCUGAGGAAGACCCAGUGGGAGAACUGUAAUAUAGGACCCUGGAGUUCUGGAAUGAGGCCAUGCCAUCUGCAGCAGAGAAUUUUAUAUUCUUUUUGAGAAACGACUUCUGCACUACUGGACCCUGGCAAAUGUGGAAUAAUUGAACUUGACACUAUGUCAUCAUGUGGCAGAAAUGUCCACUAUGAGCUGGAAUCCUAGCAGACCCAUGAAGCACAAGAUUGAGCAGGCCCGGCAAAAAUCUAAGAUGAAAGUGUUACACCUGGAACCAAAUACAAGCAGGAGCAAAGGGCACAAGCAAAGUACAUGAGCAGGUGACCCAGAUUUCCUCCUUUCCCCCGAAGCCAAACUGUUGCACCCCUGUCGCUUCCUCAACUCACACCUCUGGCUCUAGGGGAAACCCUAUGACCAGCUGAAGGGAGGAGGGAAAAGUUUGGGUUUGGUUCACAGAUUGGUUGGUUCAGUGUGUAGGUGCAGCCCCCAAAUAGCAGCUGCAUUACAGCCACAGUUAGGAAUCGCUCUGGCGAAGUCAAUGGCGAAGAAAAGUCCUCCCAGUAGGCAGAGCUUCAGGCAGUACACCUGGCCAUCCACUGUGUGUGGAAAAAUAAGUGGCCUGAGCUUAGACUCUAUAUGGAAUCACAGGCAAUAGGAAUUGCCUCAUCAUCUUUUUUCCUAGAAUGAAAAAUAUGCAAAGAUUAAGAACAAGAAGGCCUGGGAUAGAAACAUAUAGGAGUAGGGAUGAAAUGUGAAAACCUUUGUAUCAGGUGUUAAUGCCCACUAGAGAAAAGUCACUAAAUAACCAACAAGAUGACUCGGCCGAUUGAUAUCAGCCAUUCUUAGUCAUCAGCCACCCUGGUACUUGCACCGCGGGCACAAGAAUAAAGUGGUCGUGGUAGCAGAGAUGGAAGCUAUCUGGGAGGUCAAUAGUACAGACCCCAAAGGUUUAUUUAGCUGCUGCCAUCAACAAAUGUCCAUCUGACAGCAACAGAGAUCAAUGCUGAGCCCCUUAGAUGGCGCAACUCAUCAAGGAUACCAACUAGCCACGGUUGGUUCUUUCAACCUUAAAAAGGGCCAGUGGUGCAUUCUCACAGGAACAGACACAUAUUGCAGGUAACAUCCUUACCUUUCCUGCGGGCAGGGCUUCAGGAUCAUGAGCCAAAGGAUUACAGAUUAUUUAAUCCUCCACCAGGGGAUCCCAUAAAACAUCCUGCCAGACAAAGGAUAUGGUGAGAGUGAGCCUAUGACCAUGCAACCCACUGGUCAUAUCACAUACUGCGGCAUUCUGAAGCUCACAGCCUUAUGGAGCAUUGGAGCAGCCUGCUAAAUGCAGAGCUGAGGUGCUACUUAAAGGGCAAUACUCAGGGAGCACUGGUGCUGUCCUCCAGGAAGCAGUAUGUGCAUUGAAUCAAAGGACCUUCAUAUAGCAUCAUACCCCAACAGAGAGAAGACACAGGUCUGGGAGCCAAGGAACAGAGGCAAGAAUGACCACAUUCACCAUCUCUUUCAGCGCCCAACUGGAGGCUUUCUGAUUUUGGUCCCCACAACUGUGUACUCUGCAGGGUUAGAGGUCUCUUCGUCAAAGGAAGCACACUUUUGUCCUGGGUCACAGCAGGAAUCCCACUGAAUCAUAAGCUAAACUGUCUAUGUGGUGCACACUGAGCUGUUUCUGUCUAGGGGCCAGUAGGGAAGAAGUGGUGUGACCAUCUUAACAGGUGUUCCAGAGGAAGCGGGCUGCUGUUAAACAGAGUAGGGAGGCAUGUGUAUGGAACCAUGUGAGCUCCUCGGGUGCCUUUUGUGACAGGAAAGGGCUAGAAACAGCAACUGCUCUGUAAAGGAAAUGGUGAUUGGGAUCAGAUUACUCCUGGAAGAGGUCGUGGGUCAGGCCACCAGGUUUGCCACUGGGGCCAGCAGAGGUGGAAGCUCAGGGCAAAGGGAAUCUGGAAUGGAUAGAAAGGAGGCAGAGGAUGAGUAUUAACUGCAGCCCAAGAUCAAUUGCAAGGGCAGGGUUCGCUCCCCCGCCCCAACCUCUCUCUUGAAUUCUCUCUCAGGGAGAAAGGCCUACUGAAAUUCUGAAGGAGCCACCCUUGAAGCAUAUAAGGAAAGUAGAUCUAAAAGGUGCAAAUAGUGGACUCUGAAAGACAGGGAGAUGAGUUUCCCAGAUCCCCUUCAUGGAGGGUCUGGCUGCCUAGCUGUUUAAGUGUGGUCAGCAAGCCUUCCUUCAGACAGCAACUAAUUGUCAGAACCUCCAGGGUCUGCCUCAGCUAUGGAGAGCUGCCUUAACUAAGAGCAUGCAUUUCCUGGGCAACCCUCACCAGGGGACUGAGCAAGGCAGGCAAGAUCCAGCCAUCUCUGCCUGAUCCUUGGGCACUGUGACAGGCCACACUCACUCCAGAGCUCCCUACGAGCUGGCCAAGGCUUUGUCGAACCCACACUGCAGCCAGAUUUCUCUUUCUGCUCCCUCCUGCGUCUCCUUCCUUUCCCAGGAGUUGAUUGCUGAUAUGCAUCUCGCACCCCAAACUGCUUCAGGAGAAUCCAAACUGUGACAGAAUUUCUGCUUAGAAAAAAUAAUUUGAUCACAGGACAACCUAUGAAUGAUAAAGGAACUGCUCUGUCGAGGAUUUUUUAUGUGUUCAGCAGAAGCUUCAAUAUGAUGGGCUUUUAUUUCUUACUAUCUCCUCAUCGUCAUCCUUAAAGAAAAAUAUAAUUCUAUUUUGCCCAAACAUAAGAAACUUUCUUCCUCUUCUCUAGAAAACAGAAUGAGGCUUUGUUCAAUACCAAGGUGGGGCAUCAGAUUCCUCUGCUAGAAACACAGUCCCUAUUGCUCGCCUCCCUCAGCUAUUUACCAAGCCCUUUUUUUUGGUUUCACUUACGGUAAAACUCUGGAUUUUAGCCAGCUUCUCCACGAGUUCAAAAGUACAAAGCUCUUUAGGAGGCUUGCUCUUUUUAAAUAUUUUUUCAAGAGGUUAAAGAUUAAAUUUCAAAAGAAUAUCUGGGGUGCGGAAGAGUUCACAAUAGAGACACAGACCCUGAUGGUCUCCAACAUGAAGCUUGCUCAUGUUAUUCUGUUACUUUUGUGCUUCUACUUAAGUUUUUGCAAGCCCACCUCAGGCUCAGACACAUCUCAAGAGGAUCUUGUGGAGAAAAAGUGCUUAACUGAAAAAUACACACAUCUCUCCUGCGAUAAAGUCUUCUGCCAGCCAUGGCAGAAAUGCAUCGAUGGGACCUGUAUCUGUAAACUUCCUUAUCAGUGCCCAAAGAAUGGGACCAGCGUGUGUUCAACUAAUGGGAAAAGCUACCCAACUUACUGUCAGCAAAAGAGUUUUGAAUGUCUUCGUCCAGAGGCAAAGUUUUUAAAAAGUGGAGCAUGCACAGGCGAAGAACAAUUUAGUGUGUCCUUGGAUCGUGGCAAUGGAGAUUCAGAAGGAAUCGUUGAAGUAAAACUUGUAGACCAAGAUAAGAAAAUGUAUAUAUGUGCAAAAAGCUGGAGCCUUACACAGGCCAAUGUGGCCUGCCUUGACCUUGGAUUUAAACUGGGUGCUCUUUAUACUCAAAGAAGAGAUCCUCAUAUAAAUUCCCCUGAAUGUCUACAUGUGCAUUGUCGAGGAUCAGAGACCAGUUUGGCGGAAUGUACUUUUACUAAGGGAACAACUAGCAGGUCCGAGGGGUUAGCUGGUGUGGUGUGUUACACAGAGAAUGCAGUUUCUCCAACAAAUGACUACUUUCAGUGUGUGAAUGGGAAACACAUUUCUCAGAAGAAGACCUGUGAUGGUAUCAAUGAUUGUGGAGACCAGAGUGAUGAGCUGUGCUGUAAAGGGUGCCGAGGUGAAAGUUUUUUUUGUAAGUCAGGUGUUUGUAUUCCAAGGAAGUAUAAGUGCAAUGGUGAGGUAGACUGCAUUACGGGAGAAGAUGAAGUUGGUUGUGAAGGAAGUGAACAUCCUGAAAUUAAAGAAGAAACAGAAAUGUUGACUGCUGACAUGAAUGCAGAAAGAAAACGGAUAAAGUCAUUUUUCCCUAAACUAUCCUGUGGAGUUAAAAGCAGCACGCACAUUCGAAGGAAACGAGUCGUAGGAGGACAGCCAGCAGAAGUGGGGGACUUCCCAUGGCAAGUGGCAAUUAAAGAAGGUGAGAAAAUCAACUGUGGAGGAAUUUAUAUUGGUGGCUGUUGGAUUUUGACUGCUGCACAUUGUGUCAGAGCCAGCAAAGCUCCUCGUUACCAAAUAUGGACCUCGUUUACAGACUGGUUAAAUCCUGACCCUCAGAUAGUCGUUCAGUUUGUAAAGCAAGUUAUUAUUCAUGAAAAGUACAAUGGAACCACCUACCAAAAUGACAUAGCUUUGAUUGAAAUGAAAAAGCAGCCAGGCCGAAGCGAAUGUGUGUUGCUUAAAUCCGUUCCUGCCUGUGUCCCCUGGUCUCCGCAUCUGUUUCAACCGAAUGAUAAAUGCAUCGUUUCUGGCUGGGGUCGAGAAAAAGAUAACAAAAAAGUCUAUUCACUCAAGUGGGGUGAAGUUCACCUAAUAAGCAACUGUUCUAAGUUUUACCUAAAUCGCUUCUUUGAAAAAGAAAUGGUGUGUGCAGGUACAGAUGACGGUUCUAUUGAUGCCUGUAAAGGGGACUCUGGAGGCCCCUUAGUCUGUACAGAUGCCAACAACAUGACUUAUGUUUGGGGUGUUGUGAGUUGGGGUGAAAACUGUGGAAAACCAGAGUUCCCAGGUGUUUAUACCAAAGUGGCCAAUUAUUUUGACUGGAUCAGCCUUCAUGUAGGAAGGCCCCUUAUUUCUCAGCACAACGUGUAACACGGUGAUCUCACUCUUCUUUCUACUCUUUCUCUCUCGGGAGUUUCAUGUUAAUUGCUAUCAUCCUGUGUAAUUAGUACUUCUUCAGGAAAAAAUAUAAAGGCAGUUGUAUUGAAUAUUUUGUAAAGGUCUCUACAAAGUUUAUGCCAUGUUGGGAUUUUGCUAUAUAAUUCUCAAAUAAAUAUGUUAGCAUACAUAAUUAUAA